UGCCAAUUACUUAAUGUUUUGGAGUGCUUACUAGCCUUUCUUACAAAUAAUCAGAAUGUUAAUAUUUACUUAUUCCCGUUUUUUGCGCUGAUAAACUGAUAGGAAACGUUCGAGAGUGUGUUAUUGUUGUGUUGUUGAUGACGGCAUUUAAAAAUGGCUGCAAAGGUUGUUGUGUACGGGAUCCGUCGUUGAUGCACAAAACGUACAAUUGUGUCAGUUGUAUGUUUACAAUUGUUGUUUCCUUUUAUUCGAACGACGCGAGAGGACCUGUCGUUUUGCAAGGAAUUCAGUAGAGACAAAUAAAAAUGUGCAGGCGAUAACAACGGAGUUUUGGAGCAAAAGCCAGUGCAGGCCAACUGAUUAAGAAAAAUCUUACGAAAAAACAAGACUGAUAAAAGAGAAAUAAUCAUGUCUCCUGGCGUCAAUGAUCAUCCUCGCAAUACCGGUACAUUGCCCAAAAGCAAUAGACCCAGUAACAGAAACAGGGAGGGAGACAGAUCUGCAGCUAACCAAAAUACCACGUAUUCCAGGGUGUACGGAGCACCUGCCCAACAUUCCAAUAACUUGUUUCAGUUCGACUGGCAUCCGGUGAGCGAACAGCAGUGGACCGGGACAACUGGCAACUCCAGAAACUCAUCAGCUGCUUACAAAAACAGCAACGCCAGAUCUACCCACUCGUCUACGUCGUCCUACGAAUUUCCAGAUCAUUUGGGUCCGUACAACAGUCACAGCAGAUUGUAUCCGAAUCAAUACGGGCGUGAAGAAUCGUGGCUGAAAAUGACACCUCCUGUGGACUCUCGUGGCCAGUCACCGCCAAAUCUUUCAAUGAAGCCCACCAACACGGACAAAAUGCCGGAGCGAGGUCAAGUGGAGGGACGACUGAAUCAAAUCAGAGAGUACAUCAAAGUCACUUCAACCAUGAUGGACUCUCUCAGCCAGUCAACAGAUCCGCGAGCCGAAGCCCAACAUGAGAAAUUGGGUAGGAUGGUGGAAGAUCUUUACGACAGCGAACAGAAACUCACGAAACUAAUGGAGAAUUGUGAAAAGUAUUGGGGGUUGAAUGAGAACGGUGACUUGGAAAACGGCGAACGGAGCCGCGAGCAAGAGUUGGUGAAAAAAAUCGAGGAAUCCCAACGCAAGCUGGCUCAGCUACAAGAGCAUCAAGCUCAGCUGGUGGGCAUGCAGCUGAGCGUGCGAGAAAGGCUGAACGAAGCCCGCGAGGCCCAGCGAUUGUUAAGUGACGAGGAAAACGAGGUCGUACCCGAGAACGGAGUCCGCGAGCCCAGCAACACGGUUAAUCCCGGCAACGUUAAGCAGCUCGAGCGUGAGACUGAGGCUCUCAGGGAUAAACUGCAACAGUUGGAAAACAAAAAGAGACACAUGGAUCAUUUGGUGCAGGAGUUGCAGGCUGUCGAGGUAUCGGAGCGUGCCAGUUGCAGCUCAGAGGGUUCUAGAAGCACAGGCCAACGCGAUAAAUUAAGUGAGUUGGAAGCAAUGAAAGCUCAACUGAAGCAUUUGAAGGCCCUCAUGAACGAUGCCAUUCAGAGGCGAGAAGCCGACAACGAGCCGAGCGUCUUGGAGCCCGAGCGCGAUGACGAUAUCGUUGCGAUCAACGAGGAGGUGAUCGAGAGCGACGUGAACAUUGACACCAAUUCGUACAACGAAUUCGACGGGGUCAGGCCAAAGUUGAGUUCCGAUCCUCUGACUGUGCAACAAAUCCAAGCUGUUACGAGAGAAUUGAAGGAACAACAGCAACUACUGCAAACGGCACGAGCUGAGCUUAGAAGAUUAAAGCAGACUUCGUCGAAUCCCACGCCGUCUGUGACGAGCUCGACGUCACCGCCGAUGCUGAUUGAAAAAAAGCAGAGCAAUCACGUGGCUAGUAAUAGCGACCUGCGUCUGACUCAAAAUAAGCUCGAGGAUUUCAUGAGGAAGGAUCAGAGUCAGUGGAGGGACUCGAAUUCUCAGCACAGCCACAUGAGCACGCCAGCAAAUCUUUGGCCUCCGCCUACUAACACUGAUAAAUCACACAUUUCAGUAGCUCCGGACAAUAUAAUAGACAUGGGCUCGCAACCACCGAUAGCCGGAAAUUACUGGGAGAUGCCAAAUUUCAUGAAUCAACCACCUCAAGGCACAAGUGUUGCCUCAGCGGAGUAUUACAGGCAGUUGUUGCUCGGUUCCCAAGCUCUGCAGUUACAAAUGAUGAGCACCACAAUUCAGCAAUGCUGUCAACUCGUGUGGAAUCAGCAGCGAGAAAUGCAAUCUAUGAAAGCUGCGAUAUCACAGCUUCAGGCGCAACUCCGACAACCACAGUCACGUACGAGUAAUAAUUUCGAUCUCUCGGAGGAGCACUCGAAUCUCAGCCGAGCAGCAGCGCAGCAACAGCAGCAACACUUCAGUUCCUUAGACCCAGCAACUCUACCUCCAACUCUUGUAUCUUUACCCAGUACCUCGCCAGCACCACCAUCAAUCGUUUCAGCCAAUGGUCAACAGCUCAAUAACCAAGUGCCACCUGGAAAUCGUGCUAAUAACUAUUGGGACAACUUUAGGAGUUACUCAAGGCAAAAUCUUCUUACGGAAGCCCCCGCCUGUGCUCCUGUAUCCUCAUCGGCCAACACUGCAGCAACUAGCAUCAGCUCUCACGUAAACAUCAAAUGCAAUCGUCAAGUAGACCUAGAGAAUCUGCAACAAGAGCGAGAUCCCACAACAUCCGCGGCUUCGCAAAACAAUUUUGCGACAAGCAACGAGCAGCAGCAAUCUGUGAAUAUUGCGCCAAUAAUGGAUCCUAGGAAUGAUGUUGCUCUUCCAGAAAACGAACCCUCUUCGAGCAUAGGGAAAAAGAUGCGAUCCGAUGUAAAAGUAUUGCUUAAGCGAUGUCUGAAAGUAUUGGAGUCCAAACCUGAAAACGAAAGCUCGCUGCCAUCCAACGACGACAUAUACAGUUCGGAUUCGAGCGAUAAUGAAUCGGAAGCAGGUGCUGCGAUGAAUGAAGCGGCAGCGAAUAACAACGGCAACGCUCUCGUUGAAAACCACUUACCGGAUUUCAUUGAGCCAUCUGCUGCGGCUCAAGUGUACACUUCUCCCUUACCAGAAUUUUUGGAGCACGAAUUUCGAGACGUGCUAUCCUAUGAAAACAACGUCAAUUCUUUGGCAAAUGUUUCUUCGACGACAUCUAACAGUAACGUGUCAGAUCACUUAAGAAAUCAUUAUAAUUUACGCAGCAACGAAGAAAGCAACUCUACAGACUACGAAAACCACGAGAUCUGCUACGAGGAGCUAAACGCCGAUGACGAGCAAGAUCGCGCUCUUCGUGCUGAGUUCGUGAUGCUCGAGCGUGCUCAAAGCAACAGUAACAGUCAGCGAUAAGUAAUAGUCUUUUAAAAUGUCUUGAGUAUUCAACACAUUAAAGUAAUUUAGACGUAUAGGAGAAACGUGAAUGUUUGUUGAUCUCGUGUAUUUUUAUUGUUAUUUUUAAAUGAGUUCCGUUUAUAAAUUACACUAAGAGUUUCGAAAAGAAAAUGAUGAUCCUGAAAUCGAUUAAUUUCAUCA